UGCGCUUGCUCGUUUUCGUAAUGCCAAGUUAUGGACGCGGCUCGCAGAUGUCAAGCUACGGAAUUUCGUAGUCAUGAAUUCCCAGUAUUUUGAAGUCAGCAAGUAAUGAAUGGUGAAGAAAGGAGCCAUCAUGGAAGGAGUUCUUUAUAAAUGGACCAAUUAUAUGAGUGGUUGGCAGCCACGCUGGUUUGUAUUAGCCGGAGGUACUCUUUCAUACUAUGAUUCCCAAGAAGAUGCCUGGAAAGGAUGCAAGGGCAGUAUCAAGAUUUCCGUAUGUGAAAUACAAGUGCACCCAUCAGAUUUCACUAGAGUUGAUCUGACUAUACCAGGAGAACAAUACUUCUACCUCAGGGCCAUCAAUGCAGCAGAGAGACAGAAAUGGCUGGUAGCUUUAGGAACAGCCAAAGCCUGUCUGACAGACAACCGGACCAAGAAAGAGAAGGAACUCCAGGAAAGCACAGAUGCGCUGAAAACCAAGAUGUCUGAACUGAGGCUAUACUGUGACCUUCUCCUUGAACAGGUGAACAAACUCAAGGAGAGUCCUUUGGGUGAGGGGGCAGCUGGCUCUGGAGAGGCAGGGGAAGAAACAGGUAGUCUGGUGAAGUCCACAUGCGCCACAUUCCUGAAGACGCUGGAGGAGUGCAUGCAGAUAGCUGGCCGCACAUUCAGUCCAGACCUGCAGAACCUCAGCCCACCGCCUGUUGCUGCUAUUAAACCUCACAAGAUGAAAACUUCUAACCAAAAAAGUCACCAUUUGGAAGAAAAACAGAAGCGCUCAGUAAAUAGCUCAUCUAUUGCAUUACUACCUGGGAAGUUUGGACCAGAUGGAGAACCCCCUCCAUUACUUCCAGGAAACACAUCAGAAUCUUCAGCAGAGAACAGUCUAGUGAUAGUGGAGGAAGAACGUGAACACCAGGUGGCGGUCCAGAGUGCGUCUCACUCUAAUCUUCAGGAUCCUGCUAAGGGUGAACUUCCCACAGAGGAUGCAGGAGAAGAUAUGCGUCCAGAAGUCAUUCACCCAUUAGAGAAACAACAGGAACAACAACCCCUUCCCCAGGAAAGCCAAGAGGAGGCCCUAGAAGCGCGUGAGCUCGAGUCGGAGAGUAAACAGGAAAAGGAAGAUCAGGUGGAAACAUUCUUCAGUAAUAUGAGCCACAGAUUUAGUGAUAUAAGACUGGAGGACGACAAUGGUAUCCCCACACGAGCCUUUUUGGACUCUUGCUAUGCUAUAGUACCAGUAUUAGACAAGCUGGGACCAACAGUCUUCGCUCCAGUUAAAAUGGAUUUUGUGGGCAACAUUAAGAAAGUGCAGCAGAAGUUACAGUCAGACCCAGACAACUUCACCACUCUGCAGAGUAUUGUGCUCCAUGAAGUGCAGAUGGAAGUGGCGCGGGUGCGGAACUCUGCCACCGAGGCGCUGCUGUGGCUCAAACGAGGAUUAAAAUUCCUCAAAGAGUUCCUCGCCGAGGUGGACGCUGGAGAGCAGGACAUCCAUGCAGCUUUGAACAAUGCCUAUGGAAAGACACUACGCCAGUAUCACGGAUGGGUGGUGCGUGGAGUCUUUGCUCUAGCUCUGAGGGCUGCGCCUUCCUAUGGUGGCUUCAUGGCAGCGCUGGUAUGCCAUGAGGGAGAUGAGCUGAAGGACGGUUUUAUGUCAGGAAUGCACCGUGACCUUACCUUCUACCUACCUGCCAUGGAGAAGCAGCUGGCCAUUCUGGAUGCUCUGUAUGAGGAGUACGGGCUGGAGUCAGAUGAGGUGGUGUGAGACAUUCACGAACACUCGCAGAUACUGACUGAGCUCACUCUCUGAGCAGGCACUGUGGCAAGCACAGGACUUCUACAGCUAGCAUUAGCACUCUGAAGCCACCUACAUUAGUGCAGCCAACUACAUUCUCAAUAAGGGGCCAAAAAUGGACAUUUUAUAGCCUGUGAAGGUUUUUCAGGGAAUAAACACUUAUUGUUAGGUGGCAGGGUGGAUGCUAAGUGUUCUGUGGCAUUUGGUGACUGGGUCCUUUUGAUACAUCUUUAGGAGUCAGAACAUGCCCUUCAAACAACAUAGGUUUUUAUGUAUUAACACACAUCUGUGGUAAGUAUACAAAGUUGUUAGUAGAUAUACAAGCCACAGUACUUGCAGUUGUGAAUUGCAUGUGCAAUUUUAUCUUCCUACCGUCCUUAUUUUUCCUCUUGGUAUGUCAGAUAUUAUAUUGGUAGCACUGACAGUCAGUUAGAAACACAUCCCAUGCCAUAGGCAAGCACAAAGGAUAAAUAUCUAGUUCUCUAGAUUGUAACAAAGACCUGACAUGACACGUUUUACUGGUGUUUAGCAUGCACUAACAAGGUAAUCGUACUCAAUUACUAGGCUGAAUAAUUGAACUCAAAAUCAUAAAAUCAUUUAUAGUGCCAGGGCAUAUAAUAUAAUACAUAGGACAAAAGGACCAGAUACUAAAAUGAAGGGGGGAAAGAAUCAUUUUAAAUACCUUAAAAUAUUUUGUAUUCAGCACAAUUCAUACUUUAUUUAUUUAUAAAGGACCAAUUUGUACAUUUUUCUAAUAAUUGUAUUUAUUACAUUAUUUACAAUGUAACAAUGACAAGGAUAGAUUAUGUUUACUUGUUAAUGUAGCCAAAUGAACAAUACUGAGCUGUGCAUGUUGUAUUGCAUGGGUUUUUGUUCAUUUUUGUGUUUUAAAUGAAUAGCAAUCAAAACUAAAAUAACUUGUUGAAUCUACUAUCUUAUCAUGUCAUUAUUAUUAUUAUUAUUAUUAUUAUUAUUAUUAUUAUUAUUAGUAGUAGUAGUAGUAGUAGUAGUAGUAGUAGUAUUAAGUUACACAUGAUACAAACUCCUUGUUAUGGCUGUACAAAGCCAAGCCAAAAACUCACAAGUUGCAAAAGUGCCAGAUAUGCUCUAUUGAUCCAAAAUGCAUAUAGUACUGAAUACUGAUGACUUUCACAUCACUGAAGUGUUAUAGCAAGUAAUAUUUCACUCCUCCUCGUCAAACUUGUUUUUUGAGAAUGGGUUUUAAAUUAUUUUUAGACAAUAUUUGUUUAGACACAUUUUGAUACCCUGAAACAGUGACAUCAUCUUCUUCUCUAGGCUACUCUAUAGCUGUACAUAAUACAGUAAUAUAUGGAGUAACUUUAUAUAUAUAUAUAUGCAGUACAGUCAUAUAUACGGUAUGUUUAUAUAUACCCAGUACAGGCAUAUAUACAGUACAUUUAUGGCACCUGUGCUAUUCUCAGACGUUCAUUACUGAUGGCAACUUGUCUUGUACUAUGCACUUUUGUGCAUCUAGUCCCAUCUCUUUCUUGUAUGACCUAAUCAGCCAUUAGAAGAGGGCAGUCUUGCUGUGUAUAUAAUUAUGUGUAGGUAUAUGUAAGUAAAUGCAUAUAUCAAACCAAAAUUGUCUAACGCUAAAGAAUGUGAUGCAGUGCAUCUGACUUUUCUCUUUGCUCAUUUGUAAUUCAAUUUCUAAUGAAUGACCAUAUAAACAAACUCGUGUCUCUC